AUGCGCCGCCCAUUGCUACACGCUUCAUUGCGUUGUCGCAGAAUAAUUCCGCCAACAGGCCUAGUGCUCUACGGCCGGAUUCCCGCCAACCAGCUGAUCAACGUGAUUAACGCUGCUGGUCAACGAACCUUUACACUUUCGCGAAGAUGCAGCCAAGAGGCGCCAAAAUCGACCGAGAAAGAGACUCCUGUUGUUUCUGGGGAGGAAAUGGUUACCUCUGAACUGGAAGGCAAGACGUCUUCGGGCAUUGACGACCCAUCCGCGCCUUCGGGCGAGGAAAGCAACACCGUUGGACUGGACGACGAAGGAGCUCCAAGACAAUCAGAAUCUAACAGCCGGCAUCAGAUUGUUACCCCGCCCAUUGACCGGCUGCCACCUCGGCCGUUCACUACCUUCCAGGGGCACACGAUUGGAGAUAAACUCAUUCCGGGCAAGAUUACCUUCGUUGGCGACAACAGGUUCGCCUUCCGUAUCAAUGGCCGUGAGCUAUCAAUAUCCUAUAUCCGGUUGCGUGACGGCUGUAAAUGUCCGCGUUGCGUGGACGCCCAUUCCAAGCAGCGAAACUUCCGACUUUCUGAUAUACCUCCCAAUAUCAAGGCUAAGGACCUCGAAUGGAUUGGUACGCACUUGGAGGUGACUUGGGAAAAUGACAUUCCUGGCUUCGAUUCUUCUCACGUCUCAAGGUAUACUCUAGAGGAAAUCAAGUUGCCUCAGACGUUUCCAGAUUCUUCCUCGACCGGCUCCCGAAGGAGGCGAAUUUACUGGGAUAAGGACGUCAUGACAGAGUUUCAGCACUGGAUUUCAUACGAAGAUUACAUGAAUAAUGACACUAUGUUUACAGUUGCCAUGCGCUGGCUAUCAACCACCGGUUUGAUAUUCUUGAAAGAUAUUCCUGACUCGCGGGAAAUGGUUGAGAAGAUCGCCACGCGCAUUGGGCCUCUCCGAAACACCUUUUACGGUCCGACAUGGGACGUCCGCAAAGUUCCAGAGGCUAAGAACGUCGCUUACACCAGCCAAUUCCUCGGUUUCCACCAGGACCUCUUGUAUAUGAAAGAGCCCCCUGGCUACCAGCUUCUGCAUUGUCUUCGCAAUUCUUGCAACGGUGGUGAAUCGCUGUUCGCAGAUGCGUUCCAUGUCGCUUCAUCUAUGUCGAGAUCCCACCCGGAGGAAUACGCGUUCCUGAACAAGACCAAACUCAGGUAUGAGUACAUGCACAAGGAGAAUUCUUACAGCAGGUUUCACAAAGUCUUUCAGACGUCCCGAUCUGAUAACGUCGAGUCCUUGGCCCGUGUCAAUUAUUCACCUCCUUUUCAAGCUCCUCUCCUCGAACCUUCCCGUGCAACCUCUCGAUCCGUCAAGCACUACCAGAUGCAACUCAAAUCCCUCAAGAUUUUUACCAAUCUCCUAGAGAAAGAGAAGAACAUUUUUGAAUUGAAGCUCGAACCCGGUCAAUGUGUUAUCUUCGAUAAUAAUCGCAUCCUCCAUGCUCGCCGCGAGUUCAAUACCAGCUCCGGCGAGAGAUGGCUUGCUGGUGCUUAUCUAGACGAUGAUGUGGUCAUGUCACGUUUCCGUGUGUUGGCGAACUCCGACACCAGUAAGUCUUGGACGCAAUAUAUGGACGUACGGGACGAGAGGUCGGCAGAACCGUGGAAGCGCAAGGCUGAAGCUAGGCACGGGAACUGCGAGAUCUCCACGAACGGAUCCAAGAAUGGAAUGCUUCCUAUGAAGUUUUAUUUGCCUCAGACGGGUCAGAAGCCCAAGGAAUCCCGACAAAUCAAGGUCUACGAGCACGGGCACUGCGACCUCGCCAAGAAGAGAAUGCUGUAG